AAAGAAACAGGAGCCUUUGCUAUUUCCUCGGCCCCGACCAACAAACAAACAAACAGCGGAUGAGCGGAGAGUAGUCAAGCCGCGUCGUCGCGCGUGGUCGUCGAUCGCAUCGCGCUCUCUCGCGGUUGUCGUCCAAACGCGUUGAAAUUAACCACCGAUCGAUCGAGAUGGCCGUGCGUGUAAAGCCCUACGAGUGAUCGCCCCGGCCGGCGCUCUCUCUUCCCUCGUCAUGGGGAGGGAGGCGUCCUCGCCACCGCCCCCGCCGCCGCCGCCGGCGGUGGUGCAUGGAGCCGGCUCGUCGUUGUCCGGACAGAAGAGGAAGGCCGCCAUGGACGAUGGCAGCGGCGAGGACGACAACGUGCCACCAUGGCUGAAACUGUCUCUCGGUCCGGUGGCCUACGGGGUCGCCACGGGCGUCGUCGACGACGACUCCUCUUCUUGCGCUCCGGCAGUGACGACGUCGAUCGAGGUGCGGCCGCCGGUGGCCACUGGUGUGGUCUCCGGAUCGGCGGCCCAACCAUCGAUUGAACAUGUUCCUGCCGAUGAUGCGGUGGUCACGCCGUCUUUUGUGGCCUCGGCAGCCGGUGUGCUGUUCACCGGCUGCGCGAGUGGUUUGAUCCCCAAUGGUGCAGUCUCGGUAUUUCCAUGCUUUAAUUUUCUUGGACCUUCAAUGUCAUCAUCAAUCCUAUCGCACCUCCAUCAACAAUUCUCCUCGACUCGACGUCAAAGCAACGCGUCCAUGGCAAGAUCUAGCCGCACCUGUGGCGGGGACGACGACAUGGCACUUAGCAACAUCGCUGCGCCGAACGUCACAAACGGUGGCGGCAACAACAACAACGACGGUAAUGCUCUUCCUGAUCCACCGUAUCCUUGGGCUACCAAUGAACCGGCCAAACACCACUCCCUCGCCGAGCUCGCUCGCCGCGACAUCACCACCAUCCAAGGCGACGCUCGGUGCAGGCGCUGUGAUGCACGCAAGGUGAUCGUCUACAACAUUGCCACUAAGUUUCAAGAGGUGUCCGACUACUUACGCCAAAACCACCAACAUAUGCAUGACCGUGCGCAGGCGCGGUGGAUGAACCCUGUCGUGCCGAACUGUGACGACUGCGGCCAUGAGAAAUGCUUGCGUCCGGUGAUCGCUGCCGAGAAGGAGCGCAUCAACUGGUUGUUCCUACUGCUUGGGGAGACACUGGGUUUGUGCACACUUGAUCAGCUCAAGUAUUUCUGCGCGCACACCAACCGGCAUCGCACCGGUGCCAAGGAUAGGGUGCUCUUCUCCACCUACGAAGAGCUAUGCAACCAACUUGUUCCUGGGCUAAUCACAAGACGUGACCAGUUGAGGAUGCGUUAGUUAUUAAUUUUUUCGGUUGUUAAUUUAGACUUUUCAAGAUGCAACCAUGCGUGCCUACGUGGUUGUUACAUUAGGUUCAUCUAGAGUCUCUGUCUUGGAGUCUCGUCUCUAUAAGUCUGUGAGUGUUUGAGAUAGUUCGCGAUAUAUUAUUUCUCUCUUUUAUUUGUAAGUUGUGCAACUGGAUUUGAAUGUGGGUGUGUAUUGUUUGUUUUAAUAUACUAUUUAUGUCCUUUCAGCUUU